UUGUCCGAAAUAUGUGCAUGUAAACCGACCUUAAGUCUUUUGCCUUAUCUUUCUACUGACCAUCGGCCUUGGGUGAAAGUGGAGUUAAUGAUUGACAGGGCAGAGAACAAGGGUCUGUGAGUGGGAAAAAAAUAAACAAAAAUGUGAAAAAAGAGCAAGGUCCUGAGAGAUAAGAGGCCCAACGAAGAGGUACAAGGAGGACAGAAAAGACAUACAUCCCGAAAACAGUCACCGUGCUGCUACCUGACAGAGGCUCCCUCAGAAAUGGUCGGCAAUGCAUGGCGUUAUUUCCUGUACCUUUAUGGACUCCUCAUCGACUCCCUCUCCGUAUGCGGUAGGAGUGACCAACUAUCAGCAUCGCGCAUCAACAGGACAGAGUUCCCUUCGCAGUACAUGGGGAGCUGGCAUUUCCUGGCAGCGGCAGCAGAACCUGGAACAAGAGCGCUGGACAUCUUCAGGGUGAUGGAUAAUGGACAGUUCAAUGUCCGGGAAGGUACAGAGAAGGAGAAGCUGGAGUUCAGAGCGUCCAUCAGAGUUAAAGACGGGUCGUGUGUUCCCCGCAAGUGGAUCUACCUGCUGACUGAUGACAGCACGGAGCUGAGAACAGAGGGCCACCCGGAUAGACUGACUGAGCUCUUCUCCUGUCACUGUCCCAAGUGCGUUAUCCUGAAAGAGACAGAUGACACCACCUCCAGGCUCCUCCUCUACUCCCGUUCCACACAACUGGACAAAGACUGUAUGGACGAGUUCAAGCAUAAAUCCACGUGUGACGGCUACAAAGAUUUUCUACAACUUCCGCAAAAUCUAGAAAACUGUCCCCUGGAUUUAUAAUGAUGACAUCACCAAGGUAGAAGAAGAGGCAGAAGGAAAUACCUAAUAAACCGAAUUUAUACGACCUCAG